UUCCUGUCUCUUCCUGUCUCUUCACUAGCCCCCACCCUUGUAGGUGUGGAAAAGCAUAAUAGGUUUUCAUGAUUAUUAACUAGAUUGGAAGUAGUUCCUGAGGGUGGAUCCUGUUUGGUCAACUGAGGAGAAUGCGUUGAUGUGUAUCUGCUGUUCAGGCACUAGAAUAUUAGGCUAUGUCUACACUAUGCAGCUUUUAGUGACAGGGCUGUGUUGCCACAGCUGUGUUGCUAAAAGGCGCAUAGUGUAGUCGCUGUCUGUCGGCUCUCCUGCAGACAAAAAACUUCCACACCCAAUGAGCGGUGUUAGCUUUGUCUGUAGGAGAGUGCUCCUGCCGACAACGCGCUGUUCAUACCCGUGCUUUUCGUCAGCAAAAAUUUUGUCUUUCGGAGGGGGUGUCAACACCGCUGAAAGACACAACUUUUGUCAUUCCAUUGCCAGUGUAGACAUAGUCUUAGUGUAGCUUGGUUGGUUAAUGAGGCCACAUUAAAUCCUUUUUCCCACCUUGGCCACAUCCUGAGUGUGUUUAGCACAUUUUGCCUUCUCUGCCUUUUACUCUGAUUAAUGAAUACUGGCAGCUUGGCCUCUUGUGGAGGGAGACACUUGGGCAAUCCCUCUUUAGAGCUCUGAUGUGGCAGUGCUCCUCUCUUGUGCUGCCAAUCCCACAGAGGUACUUAAACUCCAUUGGUGUUUAGUGAGUUGGCAUUGGUGGGGCGUUGUCUGGCAUGCCAUUUGAGUGCACUUUGCAGUCUGAUAGCUACAGCCUUGGGAAUAGGUUCUGCUGGACAGCUCAGCAUGCAGUCCAAGAUGCCCAGUUCCCUUCCAUUGCUGAGAUCUGAUCUGCCAUGUUCUAUGGAAACACAUUCUCAGCAGGCCCAGUGACACCCCAACUCCUCUUGGACUGCUAAUUUGAGUUAGCAAAUAUUUGCUGAGUUUGGGAUUCCACCCUGUAGAGGGUUCAGACCAAACCCUGGGUAAAGUGAGAGGUGGUUCCAAAGCAGAUGGUGCCAUGUCUGAUGGGGUUUUCCUGCUGCAUUGUGAAAAUGAGUCUGGUAAGUGGCCACCUUAGUUGCUGGAGCUCAGACAACUCCCACUGGCCUGGGGCUGAUGGAUACCACUGCUUGAGGAGCAUGAGGUUUGCCAUGGAUCACUGGUAGUCUGGCCCUGUGUUUCAUCACAGGAUAUUUACACCAUCCUCAAAAACAUCAGGGUGCCAAGUCCCAAGUGAGAGGUGCGGGACAGGUACUUCUGUCCAAGGCAGGAUGCCUUGCUUUGGGGGAUGAGGAACAGAGAUGCUAGAACAGGUUAAUCCCUACCGAGUCCCAAAUAGUCCAUCCUCAGGGACAGGAUUGUUCCCUGCAGUGACCUGGCUGUUGUGCCUUUCAGCUGCAGGAGGGACAGUCCUCUAAGGCUUCAGUAUCUCUUCCUUCCUGUCCCCAGAGACCCUGCCUGCACCACUGUCCAGCAAGUCUAGACUUGUCGCUGUCCUUGCACCUCUUGCACUAGGCUAGAGCCUCAGUUGCUAUGAGACAGGCACAAAACCCUUGUUCAGAGGACAACGCAGAUACUGAUGCAGUAUCCAGAGCUGAAAGGCUAAUGGGUGGGAGAGGUUGGCAGAAGGGACCCUCUUACCAGUGCUCCUAUCUUGCUAAGAAGCUCCAACUUUAAGAGUACAGUUGCUUCUUUCGCCCUUUGCCACCAUAAGCUGUUUGUUUUGGUUAGGGGCUGAGUUAGAAUGCAGGGUGGGGGCUUUACUUUCCCUUGCUGGGCAGAUCCAUGUGCUGGGAGAGGGAGCUGUAUAUUUCCAGAGAAGCCAGCUGGCAGGGCAGUUGUAGUUCAGGAAGAGCUGAAAUCCAAGCAGGUCAGUUUUCACACUGCUGUCAAUCUGGUUCACUGCUCUUUCCACUGGAAUUCCUGUCUCUGUAACCUGUAGACUGAGAUCAGUGGGGGAUCCAGUUUAGUAUUGGACAUGUCUUCUCUCUGGGGGCUGAAUCCUGCCUUGGCUGGAACGGAAUUGAUGAGCUAAUACGUGUUUUCAUUCUGCCUACAAUGAUCUGGCCUCCUGAGGAAACCCUUCUGUGCCCAGGGAAGCUCCUGGCUCAUAUUUCUCGGGAGCUGUCAGAUCAGCAGAAGAUGGGAACAUAGAAUACAAGCUGAAGCUGGUGAACCCCUCGCAGUAUCGCUUUGAGCACCUGGUGACACAGAUGAAGUGGCGGCUGCAGGAAGGCCGGGGUGAGGCUGUCUACCAGAUUGGCGUGGAGGACAAUGGGCUACUGGUGGGCCUGUCAGAGGAAGAGAUGCGUGCCUCCCUCAAGACAUUGCGCCGGAUGGCUGAAAAGGUCGGAGCUGACAUCACCAUCCUGCGGGAGCGCGAGGUAGAUUAUGACAGCGAUGUUCCCAGAAAGAUAACAGAGGUUCUUGUCCGGAAGGUCCCUGAUAACCAGCAGUUCCUAGACCUGCGAGUGGCUGUGCUGGGGAACGUGGAUUCAGGGAAGUCAACGCUGCUGGGUGUCCUGACCCAGGGUGAGCUGGAUAAUGGGCGGGGCAGAGCCCGCCUCAAUCUCUUCCGGCACCUCCAUGAGAUCCAGUCAGGGAGAACAUCCAGCAUCAGCUUUGAGAUCCUUGGCUUCAAUAGCAAAGGAGAGGUUGUGAACUAUAGUGACUCACGGACGGCAGAAGAGAUCUGUGAGAGCUCCUCCAAGAUGAUCACCUUCAUUGAUCUGGCUGGCCACCACAAGUACUUGAAAACCACCAUAUUUGGCCUCACCAGCUACUGCCCAGACUUUGCCAUGCUGGUGGUGAGCGCCAACACUGGCAUUGCAGGUACCACGCGGGAGCACCUGGGCCUGGCCAUGGCCCUCAAGGUUCCCUUCUUCAUUGUCGUCAGCAAAGUGGACUUGUGUUCCAAAGCCACCGGGGAACGGACAGUGAAGCAGCUGGAGCGGAUCCUGAAGCAGCCGGGCUGCAACAAGCUGCCCCUGCUAGUGAACUCGGAGGAUGACGCUGUCACGGCAGCACAGCAGUUCGCACAGUCUCCCAACAUCACCCCAAUCUUCACACUAUCCAGUGUUUCUGGAGAGAACCUGGAUCUCUUAAAAGUUUUCCUCAACAUCCUUCCCCCUCUGACCAACAGCAAAGAGCAGGAGGAGCUGAUGCAGCAACUUACAGAGUUUCAGGUGGAUGAAAUCUAUACCGUGCCUGAAGUGGGGACUGUUGUGGGAGGAACUCUGUCCAGUGGAAUCUGCAGGGAGGGGGAGAGCCUUGUGGUCGGCCCCACUGAUGAUGGCAAGUUCCUCCAGCUGAAGGUGUGCAGCAUCCAGCGGAACCGCUCUGCGUGCCGUGUGCUCCGGGCAGGACAGGCUGCCACGCUGGCCCUUGGGCCCUUCGACCGCUCCCUGCUGCGCAAGGGCAUGGUGAUGGUGAGCCCAGAGAUGAACCCCACCAUCUGCUCAGUAUUUGAAGCCGAGAUCGUGCUGCUCUUCCAUGCCACGACUUUCCGAAAGGGAUUCCAGGUGACUGUGCACGUGGGGAAUGUGCGGCAGACGGCCAUCGUAGAGAAGAUCCAUGGAAAGGACAAGCUGAGGACAGGGGAGAAGGCUGUUGUUCGUUUCCGGUUCAUCAAACAUCCUGAGUACUUAAAGAUUGGCGCCAAGCUGCUGUUCCGUGAAGGAGUCACCAAAGGUAUCGGGCACGUCACCGACCUCCAAGCUAUCACCACUGAAGAGAAUGGCCUGGAGGAGACCCUGGGGCCUGGGCAUUUGACCUUCUGACUCCCACUAGAUCUGUGAGAUCUCCAGACACCAGCAAUGGAGGAGAGAGUUGUGGGGAGUUGUGAAGGGCAGGACGUGAUUGGAACUUCUGCUGUCCGGUUCUAGCAUGGGCUUCUCCUCUCCACACUGUGAGGGUGGAGCCCAGGAGAGCUCCCUGUGUUCAGUACCCCGCACGGGGAAAGUUAAGCGUGUUGUCUCUGCAUCGUCUGCUGCUUUCAUUAUCCUGCCCUCCUCCACAAUAGACCAGAGGCAGCCUUAGUCUGGGCAGGCGAGUCCUGGCUUUGUUUACGGUACUUCGGUGGGAAGUUGUUGGCUGGUACAAAGCAAAGCUCCUGAGGUGCUGAGCAGCGGUGAAGGGAUGCUGCCACCGCUGUUACAGGGUCAGUCCCAUUGCAGCUCUCUGAGCAUUGGGCCUGACCUGUACUGUGUGCGCCCCUGUCUUCCAGUCUCAGGCUUUUCCCUCCAGGGCAGAGACCUUUGGGACAGCAUAGGAGGCCCAGCCACCCAGAGUGCAGAGACUUGGUUAAACUCGGGUUCACAAACAAUAGGAACCCGAGAAAAGUUCAGGACCCUUGUAGCCCUUUUAAUCUUGGUUGAUUUUAAUCCCACGUGGGCCCCCCUUCUGUGUUCAGUGGCUCCUGCUUGGCUGUCCCAGCUGUUCCCCAAACCAGCGCAAACAGGGAUCUCUUCCAUGGACUAGCCCUUGCAAGAUUGUGAUUUAAGCCCCAUGCCCAUCCUAGUGCUCGUGUCUUGUGGGUGGCUGGGGCUGCCCCCACACAUCCCAGUGCAAUCAGCCUCCUCGAGAACCUGCAUGAAGCCAGGGUCUCUGCCUCUAGCCUUCUGCUCGCUGCAGCAGCUGAGCAUCCUGCUGGCCAAAGCAGGAGAUCAUUUUUGGGGAACAGAGCUGGGCCCACAGCUGGGCUUGUAUCUGCUUGUCUGCUUCAACUAAGUGCCCCUGUGGGAAGUCUCCUUCAUUGAGUUAGUGGCAGUGCUUUGUGAUGGAUCUCCCUGCUGCAGCCCAGCUUGCUCCUCGGGGACCUGCCGGCCAAAGCAGGAGAUCAUUUUUGGGGAACAGAGCUGGGCCCACAGCUGGGCUUGUAUCUGCUUGUCUGCUUCAACUAAGUGCCCCUGUGGGAAGUCUCCUUCAUUGAGUUAGUGGCAGUGCUUUGUGAUGGAUUUCCCUGCUGCAGCCCAGCUUGCUCCUCGGGGACCUGCCUUAACUCUCGAGGAGAGGCGGAGGGGGCUGCCGUACUGGCCCAGGAGGACGUUUACUGUUGGAUGCCAUCUGACAAAGCUAUUGCAAAGAUUUUUUGUUUGUUUUUUUGCUCUCAUUCUACUUAAGGGAAACUUCCUUUCUUUUCUCUGCCACUGAGGUUUCAGUGCCUAGGAGAGCUGGUGGGAGCCAGCACAGCCAGAGGCUCGGUAGGUGUGUGAAGACAUGGAAUACUUGCUGCCAUGUUUCCCCAGCUGUGCCCUUCAGGUACCAAGUGCUGAGCAUUGCCCUGUGCAGCUGCAGCUGAGGGUCAGCCCUGUUCAGCUGGGAACAGGGGAGCUGGGGAGGGUUAUGUAGUGGGGGCUGCAUAGCUGUCAGAAGGCUUUUGAUUUCACUGGUGGCUGUUGAAUAGAGCUGGACGUGCACGGCUGCCUGAGCCAAGGUGUGGUGUCUGGGCAGGGAGGGGGCUCUGCUCCAAGUGUUGCCGAUAAUCCCCAGGCUGUGCUGCCUCCUGCUCAGGGUCUCAUGCAGGGGCUACUGGCAUGGGCAGUGCACACAAGACUGAGCUUCUCACAGCAGCUCUCCCUGCCACAGGCCCUGCCCUUGCUGUCGGGAGGAGCCUUGCCCGGGGGGGGGGGAGAUUCCUGCCUGCAAGCUGUUCAAGUGCACCAAGCUGAUCAGCGGGGAGAGGAGGAGAAUUGUUCCUCCCCUGUGAAGGGUUAUGAGGAAGCUCCUGUGCUUUCUCCCGCCAUGUUCUGUGCUGGAAUCCUGGCUUAGACUGGGACCUAUAGGGCAAGCCUGUCAUGCACUUGCUGUUAAUAGCAGCAUUGUCAAGGAAGGUACUGAAGAGUUGCCUCUUUUGGGGGGUAGGAUCCCUCCUCCACCUGACGGGGACUUGAACCCUGGACCCUCAGAUUAAAAGUCUGAUGCUCUACCAACUGAGCUAGCCGUGUGCAGGCACUGCCUCUUCCCUGGGAGAGGUAAUGUAUUCACUCUGCUGGUAGUACCUUGCACACUUCGUGCUGGGGGAGGCUCGGUCUGUCUUUUCUCCCUUUCAGUCCCCUUGCACAUGACUGCUGGCUCAGCUAGUCCGAAAGGGGGACCCUUCCCCUUCCAGCCCUGGCACUUAGCGCUGAGUUCCAUUACAGUGUGUGCCCCUCAUAUGCUCCUGCAGGGAGAACAGAGUCCCAGUGAGCACUCCCCUCUCUUGUUAUUGUGUAAAUACAAAUAAUGGUGCCGUGGAAGGGUGAGUGUCUCUUCCUGCUGUUUGCAGUGACCUUGGGGUAACCUUCAGCACUGCCACAUACUCAAGCUGCUGCUCCCUUCCCUGGAAGAGCUGAUGGGGCUGAGCACCUUCCCUCUCUCCCUCCACCCUCCCCUUCUGUGGCGUGACUGUUCUCAGUGCCAUGCUUUCCAUGCUCCCUGUUCUCUUGUCUUGGAUUCUCUAAUGCAGAGGGAUGGCUUCCAUUUCCUUGGCAUCUAUAUAUAAUGUACAGAAUAAAGAUGUUUUAUUGAGACAGAA